CACAACAACAAACCAUUGAUUCAGUCAACUUCCAAAUAUUAUUAAGACACAAUCAUCUAAAACAUGUCUCUAUUCCAAAAUAAUUAAACAUGUUAAUUAUUUAAUUAAUUAGUUAAAUUGGAUAUGUGUGAAUGUAAAUGUGUUGAGUGAUUUAUUGUUAUAUAAAAAAAUUUGCCGGCAUCUUCAUCUAGCCACGUAGAAAAAAAAAUAAAUUGUCUUGUCAUAAUCUAUCUUUGGUUAUUGCUCCAAAAUAUAUUAAUUUAUAAUAAUGGCACUGGAAUUUUUGAUUAAUAGAUUAAAAGCACUUGUUGUUAUUAUAAUGGGUGUUUUUAGACGUGCUUUAUGUUGUCUAAGAAGAAGACGAAGAUCAUCAUGUGAUUCAGUUCCACUUUCAGCUGUUGGAGUUGUACCCAACACUGUCAACAACAAUAAAAUUGAACAAGAAAAUUGGGAUCAAUGGGAUGACAAUUCAAUUGUCGUUGUUCCUAAUAAUAAACCUGUUAAUAUUGUUCAGAGUAAAAUUGAACAAUACAGACAACAAAUUGCCAGAUCACCAAAUGAUGCUGAUGAACCACAAGUUAAUUAUUUUCAGGACAUGACACCUAGAAUUACUAAACAAAAAAAAAUUCUUUUGACAUCAUCAACAUCGUCAGAUGAAUCAUCAAUGAAUUUAUCCAAAUUUGCUGUUGCUGCUGAAAGACUUCCAACAAAAGAUCUUGAAGUUUGGGAUGACAAUGCUGUUGGCUGGGAAGAAGAAACAUCUGAAGAAUUUUGUGAUCCAACUCAUGAAUUGAGAGAACAACGAAGACGUGAACGUGAACGUAGAUUAUAUGAACAACAUCAAAAAAGAAUGGAAUAUAAUAAUUUUAGACCACAACCAUUGGGAGAAAAAAUAACAUCUUGAUCCGAGGCAUCAACUGUCCAGCCAAAAUAUCAAAAACAACAUCAUCAUAAAUACAAAACAAAUUAUUAUUUAUCGUGAAAUUAUUUAAUUGCUGGAUAGUAUUAUUUUUUUUUUUUUUUUAUUAUUAUUACUAUAUUGUUAAUUUAUAAAUUUAUCAUCUUUUUUUCAAUUUUAAUUAUUAAAAAAAAAAAUAUGUAAAUUGAUUGAAAAAUGUAAGUCUCUUUUCAUAAACAUUUUUACAAAAUAAAAAAAAAAUAUUUCCCGAAAAGUAUUUAUAUAAUAAUAAUAAUAAUAAUAAAUAAUUAUUAAAUUAAAUAUAUCUAAAGAAA